AUGUGUCUAUAUUCCUUCUGUACAAUAAAAUUUCUUAUCAACCACACGUUCUCGGCAUACAAUCGGCCGGCUCAACUAUCCCCAGAGAUUCCUGUUCUCAAGCUGGAGAAGCAUAACCGUCGACGGUGUAUCAAUAAAUACCUUAACUCGAGAUAUUCGCACUGUCUCGGCACCUCGCCGCCGUUGGCGAUGCCGAUCUGCAUGACCGCGAUGAGCUCAUUUUUUUACAGCUAUUGA